AAGGCCCAGCGGUUGUCCGAAAAGGAUAAACUUCGGAACCCUUGGGAAAAGUGCCGGGGAGCCUGCAGAGCCCUGCGGGGGUAGGGAGCCGGAGCCGAGGGCCUGCGGGAGUUGACAGGGCCGGGAGAGGAGCCUGGCCUUUGGGAGCGUCAGGGAUGAGGCUGACGUGAAGAUGAGCAGCUCAGAAGAGGUGUCCUGGAUUUCCUGGUUCUGUGGUCUCCGUGGCAAUGAAUUCUUCUGUGAAGUGGAUGAAGACUACAUCCAGGACAAAUUCAAUCUCACUGGACUCAACGAGCAGGUGCCUCACUAUCGACAAGCUCUAGACAUGAUCUUGGACCUGGAACCUGAUGAAGAGCUGGAAGACAACCCCAACCAGAGCGACUUGAUUGAGCAAGCAGCCGAGAUGCUUUAUGGAUUGAUCCACGCCCGCUAUAUCCUCACCAACCGUGGCAUCGCCCAGAUGUUGGAAAAAUACCAGCAGGGAGAUUUUGGCUACUGUCCCCGUGUGUACUGUGAGAACCAGCCAAUGCUUCCCAUCGGCCUUUCGGACAUCCCAGGUGAGGCCAUGGUGAAGCUCUACUGCCCCAAGUGCAUGGACGUGUACACACCCAAGUCAUCGAGGCACCACCACACGGACGGCGCCUACUUCGGCACCGGUUUCCCUCACAUGCUCUUCAUGGUGCACCCCGAGUACCGGCCCAAGCGGCCCGCCAACCAGUUUGUGCCCAGGCUCUACGGUUUCAAGAUCCAUCCAAUGGCUUACCAGCUGCAGCUCCAAGCCGCCAGCAACUUCAAGAGCCCAGUCAAGACGAUUCGCUGAUUCCCCACCCCACCUGUCCCUUGGUCCUUGACACCUCCAUUCCUUCGCUGCCACCCUUUCAGGAACCCCCUAUGGUUUUUAGUUUAAAUUAAAGGAGUCAUUAUUGUGGUGGGAAUAAUGAAAUAAAGUGGAAGAAAAGGCC